UCCCUGUCUGCAGCCCACAGAGUCUGGAAGAAACAUGGGGCUCAGGGCUGAGCUGUGCGUCUUCCUAAUUGGACUUUUAUUUCUCCUGCUAUUGAUGUUGGGCGAGGGGCACAAAAGAGGAUCUUUCAAACAAAGUUUGGGGGUCUGUUCCAACCACACGCUGGUGGUUCCCCUUCGCUACAACGAGUCCUACAGUCAGCCCACAUACAAGCCCUACCUGACUUUGUGUGCUGGGAUGCGGAUAUGCAGCACCUACAGGACCACUUACCGUGUGGCCUGGCGGGAGGUGAGGCGAGAGGUACAGCAGAGACAUGUGGUGUGCUGCCAGGGCUGGAAGAAGCCACACCCAGGAGCUCUCACCUGUGAAGCCAUCUGCUCCAAGCCUUGUCUAAAUGGAGGUGUCUGCACUGGACCGGACCAGUGCGAGUGUGCCCCAGGCUGGGGAGGCAAGCGCUGUCAUGUGGACAUUGAUGAAUGCAGGACCAGCCUUACCCUCUGUUCUCACGGCUGUCUGAACACCCUGGGCAGCUUCACGUGCAGCUGUCCUCACCCGCUGGUUCUGGGUCCGGAUGGACGCACCUGUGCAGCGGGGCCUCUGGAAUCCUCAACAAGUGCCAGCAUCCUCAGUGUGGCGGUUCGGGAAGCGGAACGUGAGGAGCGAACCCUGAGGGAGGUAGCAGAGCUACAUGCUCGCCUGGAGCGGCUGGAGCAGUGGGCCACACAGGCUGGGGCUUGGGUCCGAGCAGUGCUCCCCAUGCCGCCUGAAGAGCUGCAGCCCGAACAGGUAGCUGAGCUGUGGGGCCGGGGUGACAGGAUCGAGUCCCUCAGUGACCAGGUGCUGCUGCUUGAGGAAAAGUUGGGUGCCUGUGCCUGUGAGGACAACAGCCUGGGCCCAAGCCUCCACGGUUGACAAGGAACGGAGUCAGCAGCCUGGAUCCCUAAUUUAUACAUAAACUGCACUAUCUGGGAUUGGCAGAUGGGAGUAUUGACCACCAAGGCACAAUGAGCCACAGAGCCCCCAGAUCUCUCUUUCUCUUUAUUCUCAGUUGCUUGCUGUUACCCAGAUAAUAAAAACCAACCACAUAAAA